UUUGGACAGAUUGCGCAGAAGUACGACCCCCAGGCGGAAGAGGAGCUGAGGCACUGGAUAGAGGGUGUGACCGGCUGCCCCAUUGGUCCAGACUUCCAGAAAGGCCUGAAGAGUGGAGUGAUCCUGUGCAAACUCAUCAAUGAACUGCAGCCAAACUCUGUGAAGAAAAUCAACACAUCUGGGAUCAACUGGCUUCAGCUGGAGAAUGUGAAUAAUUUCCUGGCGGCGAUCAAAGCCUACGGCCUGAAGACCCAUGACACGUUUGAGGCCAGUGACCUGUUCGACAACACCAACCUCACCCAAGUCCAGACCACGCUCCUCGCCCUCGCCAGCAUGGCCAAGACUAAAGGCCAUUCCCAGGUGGAGAUCGGAGUGAAGUAUGCAGACAAACAGGAGCGGAUGUUUGACGAGGAGAAACUGAAGGCCGGACAGUGUGUGAUUGGACUACAGAUGGGCACCAACAAAUGUGCCAGUCAGGCGGGCAUGAGUGCGUACGGCACCCGGCGGCACCUGUACGACCCUAAAGCACCCGUCCAGACGCCAAUGGACAACACCACCAUCAGCCUGCAGAUGGGCACCAACAAAGGAGCCAGCCAGUCUGGUAUGACCGCCCCGGGUACGAGACGUGCCAUCUACGACCACAAGCUGAACACGGAGCACUGUGACAACAGCACCAUGUCCCUGCAGAUGGGCUACAGCCAGGGCGCCAACCAGAGCGGCCAGAACUUCGGCCUGGGCCGCCAGAUCUACGACGCAAAAUACUGCCCCAAAGCCCAGGCCUCCAACGGAGAGAACGGAGCGGGAGGAGACCAAGACUACAGCAGCGAGUACCAGGACCAGGGCUACCACGAGGAGUACAACCACGGCGAGACUGAGUACUGAGGAGGAGAGGAGCGAGGAGAGGUUAAAGGGCCCAUAUUACGCUGAUCUCUGUUCUAAUGUUGUUUCCUCAUCACAAACACACCUGGAGUUGUGUUUUGUUUUAUUCACUCAAACUCAAAUCCUGCAGAUUUAGGCUGACUUCUUCUCACAAACUGAAAACACUCUGUUCCACCUUGUGAUGUCAUAUGGCAAUGCAGGAAGUGCUCCGCUGUGUUUAUAAACUCUAUACACCUUCACUCCAUAACUUCACCACUCGAAAUGCCAAUCUCUACUGAACUAAAGGUAACAGGUUGAAGUGUUCACUUGAAAUCUUGAGCUCUGGAGAUGUAGACAGACUAAUAAUGCAGGAUUACUCAGACAUGUGCGAACAAAACAAAACAACUCCAGGUUUGUUUUUGUUGAGGUUACAACAUUUGAACAGCUCCUAAGAGCACAUUUUGCGUAAGACAGGACCUUUAAGGAAGAGAGAGAGUUAAGAAGGAACGCAAAACAACCUCAUGGCGAGUGUUUGAUUUUUCUAUCUGGAACAGCUGUCGUGCGGAGAGCCCCAAAAGUCUGAAGAAACUGUUAUGGGUAGUUUGUUGAUAAUAAGAUCAUACUUUAGAGUGGGAGAUGUACUGAAAAAUGAAUGAUAUCACAAUUAGAUAUUGAGAAGGCUAUGGAGGGGGUGUUCUACAUGUAUCUCUAUGACGGAAUGUUCAGCAGUUUCCAUGGUUACACAAUACUUACUUUAGCAAACACAGCUGAAAGUUUUAAAAUAGUACAAAUCAUCUCACCUGUUGUACGAAAAGUCAGUUCUUUAUUGUGUUAAAUAAAAGAUCAGAUUAAACAAAGUCCCAGACAGAACAGAGCCUACAGUUAGCAUCACACCCCGAAGAAAUAUUGAUGACAUCAGCUGCAAAGUAUCCACAUUGUUUCUAUUUAAAAGGAAUAAAAGUGACCUCAAAAAAAGACAGACUAGUCAAAUCUCCCAAACAGUAGUUUUUUUGUGCGAAACUCAAUCAAGAAAAUUAAAGUCACAUUUUGGCACAUUCUUGAUGCAUUUUUAAAAUAUAUUGUCUCUUAAUAUUGUUAUUGUCCUCUGAAUUUUUAGAGUGGGUGAAAAGUUUGUGAAGAUGGACAUUAUUACAAGAUACACGAAGAAAACUGUUGUGAAUUUAGUUGUGGAAAUACCUGAUAACUGAUACAGAUUUACUGGUAAUCAGCAUCACCAUUUAAAGCUACCAUCUGUAACUUUGCCUGUUCACAUGAAACAGCAGGAUUUCAACAUCUUCUCUCAUUGCACACACUUAUAUUUAGCAAUACAAUCUGAAAUAGAGAUGUGCAAUAGACCUGUUGUAUCACUUUAAAGAGGGACUGUUAUGUAAAAUGGAGCUUUCUAGUAUCUUGUAAUGUUUUUCUCUCACCAAAAACAUGCCUGAAGAGGUUCUAGAUGUCAUUCGUGCAUGUUUGAGCGAUCCAGGGAUCCCUCGAACACUCUGUACAUUUAAUAAUAAAUAAUCCAUCAGUUUUAUUAUUAUUAGUUUUAGCGCUUUUUUGGACACUCAAAGACGCUUUACAGAGCAUUAUUCAUUCACUCCAGACCCGGUGGUGGUUAGAUACGACUGUAGCCACAGCUGCAGACUGACGGAAGCGAGGCUGCCAAUCUGUCCCAUCCACCCCUCCGACCACCACCAUCACUCACACACGCUCCACUUUCAUACUAGGCAAUGAGGGUGAAGUGUCUUGCUAAGAACACAACAGUUUUUACGACUGGCGCCCCCCUGUGGCACCUGAUUUUUCCCAGGGUCUCCCAACCAGGCCUGGUCUUGCUUAGCUUCUGAGAGCUGAUGGGAUCAGGCUUUGACAAGUCAGUAUGGCCAUUUAGCAGUACAAUCCAAGACAAAGUCACAAGUCAAACAUUUUCCAUAAAUACACAAAAGAACGAUACAAAACUGUACACUACGACUUCACAAACCUGAUGUGACAGAUGUACAGUAGUUUCUUUACCUGACUGGAAUGUGACAGAGAGCAAAGGCAGGACAGCAAACAACUGAGAGUCAAAAACAAAACUGAAACUUCUUUUUUGGCGAAUAUUUUCAAAACUAUAAAAAUUAACAAGCUGAUCUAAAUAUAUUAUGUUAGUAGUUAAUACUCCAGAAAAGUAUAAUACUCCCUCUUUAAACAGUCCAAUUCUGAGUCAACCCACUUUUAUGUUUCAAGUUGAAGAUGUUUUUCUUGACUUCUGGGGCUCUGCUGUGUAGCUCUUGUCCUUUUGUAGUAUUUUUAUGAUCUUAUUGUGCGAGAACCAUGUUACACAUAUCAAAAUGAUCUGUAUUCUGUGAUUUUGUAUUUAAAAGGACCACAGUAGCCAGUUUUAGGCUUAGCUUGGAAUAUUUUUGUGCCAAAUCUUCAGCCUUAUAAUUAUAGUUAUACAGUAAGGGAGAUUUCUAAGGGCAAAAUGAACCGUAUAUUUCUGUAUUCGUUUGUAGUAUUUUAAGCAAUCAUUUUGUACUUCUUUUGUGAAUGUUCUUUUGUGUAGUGUUACGUUGGCAUUGUUCAGUAUUGGAUAUAAUGCUUGGUUAAAAUAAGGGAACAAAAUGCAUUUAGUUUAAAGGUGAAUUGUGUAACUUUUCUGGUGGAGGGUCCGUCCAAGUUACAGGUCAGAUCUGUGGAGAGACAACCCUGCUCACAGUCAGAAUGUCUGUUUUUUUAUUGAGCUAUAAAAUGUAAAGUAGAAGUGUUUAAUGUCAUACUGUGGAACAUUCCAGGCAGAGCAACAGCAUAUGCAAAAAGUUACACAUUGCACCUUUAAUUCAUUUCACGUCUUUUUAUUAGCGGAAAUCAUUUUUUGUUUGCUUAAGCUGUCUGACUGGAGCGGGGUUUGUUUUGGUUGGAUUUGUACGAUAAGAAGAAACUGAAGUGAAGUUCAGAACAUUCCGUGUAAAAAAAUACUGGAUUCUUUUGUGAAUGAAUAGUGUUUAGUAAAAAAAUGAUUAUCGAAUAUAGUAGAAUAUGCAAACAAUUCCUGCAAAUGUUUUUAAUUUCCAAUGAUUAUUUAAGCAUAUGUGUGAUUUUAAUGGUGUUUUAUACUUUGGAACCUUCAGCGUUGGACCAAUCUGUUUCCUCUGGAGUCAUCUUUGUACUAAUAAAAAAAAUAUUGUUUAAUAAAAGAUUUUGAAAAAACAAG